ACAGACUGGUGUAAACAGAGCAGGACGUAACAGUAGACAGAUACGGCUGUGAGAACUGAACACACACAGACGCACACCAAAAGGUACAGACAAUUUUCUCUAUGGAUUAUACCCUGUGUAUGUGUGUCUGUGUGUGUGUGUGUGUGUGUGUGUGUGUGUGAGGAAGAGAGAGAGAGAGAGGGAGAGGGAGAAACAUUUAUGUAAAUAGCCAGUAUUAGAAUGAGGUGAUACUCUUUGAACUUCUCUGUUGCAUCCUCUUUAUCAAUGUGAAGACCAUAAUGAAUAGUUUAGUGUCAAAAUGAAGACCAUAAUGAAUAGUUUAGUGUCAAAAUGAAGACCAUAAUGAGGUUAGACAGGACUUUCGGUUGUGUGUAGUUGUUGUGAACAUAGGGAGAGAGCGAGAGAGAGAGAGAGCGAGAGAGAGAGAGAGAGAGGAGAGAGGAGAGGAGAGGAGAGAGAGAGAGGAGAGAGAGAGAGAGAGAGAGAGGAGAGGAGAGAGAGAGAGGAGAGAGAGAGAGAGAGAGAGAGAGAGGAGAGAGAGAGAGAGAGAUGAGUAGAAUAAGGACCAGUUAAGCCAGGGGUGUCAAACCACGGAGGGCCUAGUGUCUGCUGGUUUUUGUUUUUUCCUUCCAAUUAAGACAAACAGGUGAGUGGAGUUCCUUACUAAUUAAUGACCAUUCAUCAAACAAGUACAAGGGUGGAGCGAAAACCCGCAGACACUGAGCCCUCUGUGGAAUGAGUUUGACACGUGCGUUAAGGGCAUUAAUUGUCAAAAGGAGCAGGGUAUCUUGACAGUGCCCUUUAGAGGCAGACUGUCUGAUAAAAAUGAUAUUAACAUGUUUUGACAAAUGGUUUGCUUUAAAAGACUAUGUUUAAAUAAACCUUAUGGAUAAAAAUAUAUUGACAUUACCUGCUGUAAAUAAUAAUGCUGGUUGUGUAGAUUUCAAUAGAAGAAGUCAAUAUUAGGAAAAUAACUGUGUAUCUUGAGAAAAUGUAAUGGAUUUGGUCUCAGAUGCACUGAAUCUGUCAGUGACACACACACACACACAGACACACACACAGACACGCACGCACACACACACACACACACACACACACACACACACACACACACACACACACACCACACACACACACACACACACACACAACACACACACACACACACACACAAGCACACACUCUCACACACACACACACACACACACACACACACACACACACACCACACACACACACACACACACACACACACACACACACACACACACACACACACACACACCACACACACACACAAACACACACACACACACACACACAUACACAUUGGAAUGCUAAACAGCAUUCUAACUGUCAGCUGAGGGAAUGUGACAAUGUGACGCACACCUCUGCCCUCUUCCUGUUUUUUAGUUUUAGUUUUUUACAAUACAGGUGAUACAGGGAUCUCCAUCUUCCACCGCUUUCAAUUAAUGAAACAUGGCCUUCAAUAUGGACCACAAUGAGUUAAAUUAAGUGUAUUACUACUGGUCUGGAGCAAACACAUGCACCCAGUAGCUCUUCAGGACUGGAGUGACACAUAUUUCAUUUCACACAGCAUGUUUGUAUCAACUGAAAACAAAGAAUACAAUACAUGAACACCUCACAUUAGUUCAAAGGUCAACGGGUCAUUUAUGUUGUCAAGAUGUACUGUAUGUGGAAGGGUUUACAGGAGAUUAGUGAGAGAUGUGAGACGAAAACCUAUUCCCUUCUGCCAAGAGAGAACCGCUACUAUCUCAUGUGCCAUAUACUGCCGUUGUGCCCUUGAGCAAGGCACUUAACCCUCCCGUUGUCCUAGGGUCAAAAUGACCCGCCACUGUGUUGAACCAACUUUAUUUAAUUUUUAUAUUUUUUGGAUCAUUUGUGAGAAGGAGGCAGUGAUACUUUCUUUAAAGUCUCACUGCCUCCUUCUCACAAAUUAUCCCCCAAAAAUAAAAAAUAAAUAAAGUUGGUUCAACACAGUGGCGGGUCAUUUUGACCCUAGGACAACGGGAGGGUUAAUCAACAAGGCAUUUUUUGUUUUACUUUUGUGCUGAUGCACUUUUGACCUGACUUUCAGCAAUAUGUUUGUAAUGUCUAAUGCAUUAUGUAUGUCUCUGUUAUGUGUUGUGUUGUCAUUAGAGGACUGACUGUGUUCCACUUCUUAACUUUUCUACCUUUUGAAUUCUGAUGGGGCGGUUACACUGCUGCCCCCUGUAAAAUGUAUGCUCGCAUGACUGUAAGUCGCUUUGGAUAAAAGCGUCUGCUAAAUGGCAUAUUAUUAUUUAUUAUUAUUAUUAGUGAGAUCUGACUGGGCAGUUACACUGCUGCCCCCUGUUGGUGAGAUCUGACAGGGCAGUUACACUGCUGCCCCCUGUUGGUGAGAUCCCCCCUCAUGGGUGUACUGUACCUUCUGAAUCACAUGGUGGUAGUCUAUGGUUGUACUGCCUUCUGAAUCACAUGGUGGUAGUCUAUGGUUGUACUGCCUUCUGAAUCAUAUGGUGGUAGUCUAUGGUUGUACUGCCUUCUGAAUCACAUGGUGGUAGUCUAUGGUUGUACUGUCUUCUGAAUCACAUGGUGGUAGUCUAUGGUUGUACUGCCUUCUGAAUCACAUGGUGGUAGUCUAUGGUUGUACUGCCUUCUGAAUCAUAUGGUGGUAGUCUAUGGUUGUACUGCCUUCUGAACCACAUGGUGGUAGUCUAUGGUUGUACUGCCUUCUGAAUCAUAUGGUGGUAGUCUAUGGUUGUACUGCCUUCUGAACCACAUGGUGGUAGUCUAUGGUUGUACUGCCUUCUGAAUCAUAUGGUGGUAGUAUAUGGUUGUACUGCCUUCUGAAUCAUAUGGUGGUAGUCUAUGGUUGUACUGCCUUCUGAAUCAUAUGGUGGUAGUAUAUGGUUGUACUGCCUUCUGAAUCAUAUGGUGGUAGUCUAUGGUUGUACUGCCUUCUGAAUCAUAUGGUGGUAGUCUAUGGUUGUACUGUCUUCUGAAUCACAUGGUGGUAGUCUAUGGUUGUACUGCCUUCUGAACCACAUGGUGGUAGUCUAUGGUUGUACUGUCUUCUGAAUCAUAUGGUGGUAGUCUAUGGUUGUACUGCCUUCUGAACCACAUGGUGGUAGUCUAUGUCAAAGCUACCCUCUCCCGUUUAGUUAUCACACGGUCACAGUGCUGACGUUUACAUACAUUUGGGAAUUCUAGAAACCAAAGGUUAAUGUCAAAUGCGCUACAACGUGCUUCGGAUUGAAUCUCUGUCCUAAUCUAAAUCCUAGUCCCUACCUCUUGAUUGAAUCUCUGUCCUAAUCUGAAUCCUAGUCUCUACCUCUUGAUUUAAUCGCUUUCCUAAUCUAAGUCCUAGUCCCUACCUGUUUAUUAAAUCUCUGUCCUAAUCUGUCCUAGUCCUAGUCCCUACCUCUUAAUUUAAUCUCUGUUUUAAUAUAAAUCCUAGUUCCUAUCUCUUGACUGAAUCUCUGUCCUAAUCUAAAUCCUUGUACCUACCUCUUGAUUUAAUCUCUGUCCUAAUCUAAAUCCUCAUACCUACCUCUUGACUGAAUCUCUGUCCUAAUCUGAGUCCUAGUCUCUACCUCUUGAUUUAAUCGCUGUCCUAAUCUAAGUCCUAGUCCCUAACUCUUUAUUAAAUCUCUGUCCUAAUCUAAAUCCUAGUCCUAGUCCCUAGCUCUUGACUGAAUCUCUGAAAUGCUGUCGUAAUCUAAAUCCUAGUCCCUACCUCUUGAUUGAAUCUCUGUCCUAAUCUAAGUCCUAGUCCCUACCUCUUUAUUAAAUCUCUGUCCUAAUCUAAGUCCUAGUCCUAGUCCCUACCUCUUGAUUGAAUCUCUGUCCUAAUCUAAAUCCUAGUCCCUACCUCUUUAUUAAAUCUCUGUCCUAAUCUAAGUCCUAGUCCUAGUCUCUACCUCUUGAUUUAAUCGCUGUCCUAAUCUAAAUCCUAGUCCCUAACUCUUUAUUAAAUCUCUGUCCUAAUCUAAAUCCUAGUCCUAGUCCCUACCUCUUGAUUGAAUAUAUGUCCUAAUCUAAGUCCUAGUCCCUACCUCUUGAUUGAAUCUCUGUCCUAAUCUAAGUCCUAGUCCCUACCUCUUUAUUAAAUCUCUGUCCUAAUCUAAGUCCUAGUCCUAGUCCCUACCUCUUGAUUGAAUCUCUGUCCUAAUCUAAAUCCUAGUCCCUACCUCUUUAUUAAAUCUCUGUCCUAAUCUAAGUCCUUGUCCUAGUUUCUAUCUCUUGAUUUAAUCGCUGUCCUAAUCUAAGUCCUAGUCCCUAACUCUUUAUUAAAUCUAUGCCCUAAUCUAAAUCCUAGUCCUAGUCCCUACCUCUUGAUUGAAUCUCUGUCCUAAUCUAAAUCCUAGUCUCUACCUCUUGAUUUAAUCUCUGUCCUAAUCUAAGUCCUAGUCUCUACCUCCUGAUUUAAUCUCUGUCCUAAUCUAUGUCCUAGUCUCUACCUCUUGAUUUAAUCUCUGUCCUAAUCUAACUCCUAGUCUCUACCUCCUGAUUUAAUCUCUGUCGUAAUCUAUGUCAUAGUCUCUACCUCUUGAUUGAAUCUCUGUCCUAAUCUAAAUCCUAGUCUCUACCUCUUGAUUUAAUCUCUGUCCUAAUCGAAGUCCUAGUCUCUACCUCCUGAUUGAAUCUUUGUCCUAAUCUAAGUCCUAGUCUCUACCUCUUGAUUUAAUCUCUGUCCUAAUCUAAGUCAUAGUCUCUACCUCCUGAUUUAAUCACUGUCCUAAUCUAAAUCCUAGUCUCUACCUGUUGAUUGAAUCUUUGUCCUAAUCUAAAUCCUAAUCUCUACCUCUUUAUUAAAUCUCUGUCUUAAUCUAAGUCCUAGUCUCUACCUCUUGAUUGAAUCUCUGUCCUAAUCUAAGUCCUAGUCCCUACCUCUUUAUUAAAUCUCUGUCCUAAUGUAAAUCCUAGUGCUUACCUGUUGAGCAUUUACAGAUAUGAAGGAAGUGGAUCAGUGUAGAUCAGGGAUGGGCAACUUUGAUGGAGGUGGGGGCCGCAAACAAACUGAACUCAUCAUGAGGGGCCGCAGUGGUUCGUGGGUCUGCGUACCAACAUUGAUAUAUACACUACCAGUCAAAAGUUUGGACACACCUACUCAUUCAAGGGUUUUUCUUUAUUUUUACUAUUUUUUACAUUGUAGAAUAAUAGUGAAGACAUAAAAAAUAUUAAAUAACACAUAUGGAAUCAUGUAGUAACCAGAAAAGUGUUAAAGAAAUCCAAAUAUAUGUUAUAUUUGAGAUUCUUCAAAUAGCCACCCUUUGCCUUGAUGACAGCUUUGCACACUCUUGGCCAGGAAGAACUCUUCAUGGCAUCACCAUCACUCUUUCUCUCUCUCUCUCUCUCUCUCCUCUCUCUCUCUCUCUCUCUCUCUCUCUCUCUCUCUCUCUCUCUCUCUCUCUCAGAUGUCUGGGACACCACCCCCAGUACGUCCUAGGAAGCCAUCAGGGAUAAGAGUCAUGCCCCAUGAUGGUCAACUUCCUUCCCAUGGCAACGCAAAGGUGUUCAAAGGUGUGUGUGUGUGUGUACUGUAUGUGUGCGUGCGUGCGUGUGUGUGUGUUGUUUAAGCUGACAUCUAUGUUAUGUUUCUUGUCAGUGAAUGGGGCCAGUAGUGAGCCAAAGCACACAUCUCGAGGACAUGCAGAGAGAGAGGUGGUAUGUAUCUGUGUGUGUGUGUUCAUACAGUAUGUUUGCAACUGUGCUUGUGCAUGUGUGUGAGUGUCUGCUAAUGUGUGUCUGCGUGUGUCUUUGUGUGUGUGUGUGUGCAUGUGAGUGUGUGAAUGUGUGUGUGUGUGUGCAUGCGUGUGUGUCUGUGCGUGUGUGCGCGUGUGUGUGUGUGUGCACGUGUGUGCGUGUGUAUGUGUCUGUGUGUUUGCAUGGCUGCUUGCAGAACACUUCUCUCACCAGCCCACUGCAUUGAUGUGAUUGGUUUUGCUGGGAUGCCGUGUGUCCUUCCUUCAGGAGAUCCUAAACCACUGUUUUGAGGACGUGGAGCGCUUCAUGGGCCGCCUGCAGCGGGCCGCUGAGGCUCAGAGCAUCCUCAACCAGACCAAGAAGAGGAAGAGCAGAACAAGCAAGAAGAAGAAGCAGGAUGGUGAGAGAGAGAGAGAGAGAGAUAGAGAGAUAGAGAGAGAUACUGUAUAUAUACAUAAUGACAUUUGAAAUGUCUUUAUUCUUUUGGAACGUCAGAGUGUAAUGUUUACUGUUACUAUUUAUUGUCUAUUUCACUUUUGUUUACUAUCUACUUCACUUGCUUUGGCAAGGUUAACAUACGUUUCCCAUGCCAAUAAAGCCCUUAAAUUGAAGAGAGAGAGAGAGAGAGAGAGAGAGAGAGAGAGAGAGAGAGAGAGAGAUAGAGUGUGUCACGGUCGUUGAUGAACGGGUCAGACCAAGGCGCAGCGUGAAAUGCAUAAAUGUUUAUUGUACUGAAUAAACAUACAAAACAACAAAAGGCAACGAAACGUGACGUCGGAAGGCUAAACACUAACAAGCCAAACACACCGAACACAAACAAGAUCCCACAACACAGGCAGGAAAACUGGCUGCCUAAGGAUGAUCUCCAAUCAGAGACAACGAGCGACAGCUGCCUCUGAUUGGGAAUCACACCAGGCCAAACAUAGACAUAGAAACAUAUAAUCACCACAUAGAAAAACCCACACAUAUAUUCACACCCUGACCAAACUAACUAGGGCGGCAGGUAGCUUAGUGGGUAAGAGCGUUGGGCCAGUAACCGAAAGGUCGCUGGUUCUAAUCCCCGAGCCGACUAGGUGAAAAAUCUGUCGAUGUGCCCUUGAGCAAGGCUCUUAACCCUAAUUGCUCUUGUAAGUUGCUCUGGAUAAGAGCAUCUGCUAAAUGACCUAUUAUUAACUAGAGUCUAUAGGUCAGGGCGUGACAGAGAGAGAGGGGGAGAGAGAGAGGGGGAGAGAGAGAGAGAGAGAGAGAGAGAGAAUAAAGAAAGAGAGAUAGAGUUAGGUGGUAAACAGCUGUUGGAUGGGGCUGGAGAAAUGUAUCCACUCUCAAAUGAGACCAAAAUUAUAGUUUUAACCAUGUGUUUUGGCUGUACAGUGUUUGUUUACAAUUACAUUGUUUACAAACAUUGGAGUAAAUAAAACAAGCUUAUAUUUUGGGUUCUGAUGGGGUACAGCUCAUGAGGCAUUUAUAAGUUAUAUUCUUCAAUAAUCAAUGGGCAUACACUACCGGUCAAAAGUUUUAGAACACCUACUCAUUCAAGGGUUUUUCUUUAUUUUUACUAUUUUCUACAUUGUUGAAUAAUAGUGAAGACCUCACAACUAUGAAAUAACUAAUAUGGAAUCAUGUAGUAACCAAAAUAGUGUUAAACAAAUCAUAAUAUAUGUUAUACUUGAGAUUCUUCAAAUAGCCACCCUUUUCCUUGAUGACAGCUUUGCACAUUCUUGGCAUUCUCUCAACCAGCUUCAUGAGGUACUCACCUGAAAUGCAUUUCAAUUAACAGGUGUGCCUUCUUAAAAAUUAAUUUGUGGAAUUUCUGUGAUUUAUUUAGAAUUCAAGGCAUACUUAACCAGCAUGGCUACCACAGCAUUCUGUAGCGAUACGCCAUCCCAUCUGGUUUGGGCUUAGUGGGACUAUCAUUUGUUUUUCAACAGGACAAUGACCCAACACACCUCCAGGCUGUGUAAGGGCUAUUUUACCAAGAAGGAGAGUGAUGGAGUGCUGCAUCAGAUGACCUGGCCUCCACAAUCCCCUGACAAGCAUUUCGCUUCACCCGCAAUAACAUCUACUAAACAUGUGUAUGUGACUAAUAAAAUGUGAUUUGAUUUGAUUUGACCUCAACCAAAUUGAGAUGGUUUGGGAUGAGUCGGACCACAGAGUGAAGGAAAAGCAGGCAACAAGUGCUCAGCAUAUGUGGGAACUCCUUCAAGACUGUUGGAAAAGCCUUCCAGGUGAAGCUGGUUGAGAGAAUGCCAAGAGUGUGCAAAGCUGUCAUCAAGGCAAAGGGUGGCUAUUUGAUUUGUUCAACACUUUAUUGGUUACUACAUGAUUCCAUAUGUGUUAUUUCAUAGUUUUGAUGUCUUCACUAUUAUUCAACAAUGUAGAAAAUAGUAAAAAUAAAGAAAAACCCUUGAAUGAGUAGGUGUUCUAAAACCUUUGACCGGUAGUGUAUAUAAUUAAUUUAAAUAAAAAAUGUAUGUAGCAAUCGCAGGACCCAAUCAAGUCACAGCACAAACAGGACGCUCUUCAAGACAGUGUAGAGGUAUACUUACUGUAACAUUGGCCAGUGGAACUGUGAAGUGGCACCUCAAGAAGUGAUGAAUAGGAGGAAUGGUCUGGUGAAAGGAAGAAAGUUGUGAUUGUGUUCUGGGUACUAUUCUCACAUGUUAUCUCAUUUCUGAAUCACCAUCAUAGUAGUUGAUUGUUUUGUGUUUUGUGUGCAGAUGAUCUGCUGACCCUGAAAGCCUGCCCUCCGCCUGAGGAGGAGUUUGUUGACAUUUUUCAGAAAGUCAAGUACUCCUUCUGUCUGCUGGUGAGACCAUGUGGUGGAAUAACAGAGGCAUUUGUUUCUGUCUAUUGUCCCUCUCUGUCACACUCCAUCAAUCUUUCGUAUGUAAGGCUAAUUUCUUACCAAUGUUCUCACCUCAGUAUACGCCGGGGUAUUGGUAACGUUCUCGACUCUGGACAACACAUGUCCCCUUGGAGACGGGGUUCCAGCAUCCUUACAUAUUUUAUGCUCUCUGUCUAUCUACCAAUCUGUUCCUACAUCUGUCUGCCCUCUGUCUAUCUCCCUAUCUGUUCCUACAUCUGUCCUAUCAUGUAAUAAAAAUAUAGAUUGGAUGUGUGUUUUCCCUUAAAAAAAAAGAAGCUCAGUACUUUCCUCCAUUUUAGUAUCUAUAGCUCAGUUAGUAGAGCAUGGUGCUGGCAACGGCAGGCUUCCAUUCCCAGGACCACCUGUACAUCGGAUCUAUGUACGCAUGACUGUAAGCUGCUUUGGAGAAAAGCAUCUGCUAAAUAGCAUAUAUUAUAAUUAUAUUAUUUUGCUUUCAGGACCGCCUGAAGUCAUCCAUCACAGAGCCUUCUUCUGGGGAGCUGCUGCAUCACGUCUUUAUUCCACUGGGCCUGGUAGGUAUUUACUAGCCUGGUCCUAGACCUGUCCACUGGUCCCAGACCUGUCCACUGGGCCUGGUAGGUAUUUACUAGACUGAUCCCAGAUCUGUCUACUGGGCCUGGUAGGUAUUUACUAGACUGAUCCCAGACCUGUCCACUGGUCCCAGACCUGUCCACUGGGCCUGGUAGGAAUUUACUAGCCUGGUCCCAGACUUGUCCUCUGGUCCCAGAUCUGUCCACUGGGCCUGGUAGGAAUUUACUAGACUGAUCCCAGAUCUGUCUACUGGGCCUGGUAGUUAUUUACUAGCCUGGUCCCAGACUUGUCCUCUGGUCCCAGAUCUGUCCACUGGGCCUGGUAGGAAUUUACUAGACUGAUCCCAGAUCUGUCCACUGAUCCUGGUAGGAAUUUACUAGCCUGAUCCCAGAUCUGUCCACUGAUCCUGGUAGGAAUUUACUAGUCUGGUCCCAGAUCUGUCCACUGGGCCAGGUAGGAAUUUACUAGCCUGGUCCCAGAUCUGUCCACUGGGCCUGGUAGGAAUUUCCUAACCUGGUCCCAGAUCUGUGUGUUCUGUAUAGCCAACUCUAUUUUUCGCUGACAAUGCAGUACCAACAGACUUGGGAUCAGGCUAGAUGUUCACGCCUCAUCAGCACAGCCACAGGCUACCAAACCAGCAAGACUAUCUGGACAAGGGCACUGAUACUAAAGAUUUUUAUAACGAACCCAAGAUAGACCACAGCCUGUAAUUUCCAAUGGGAGCCAAUUAAUCAUAGUGGGCAGAACAAGCAAGGAGGUGGCAGAGCCUAGCACGAGCUAGCGAGAUCCUAUCGGCGCAUUCUAGCAUGUAUUUGCAUAAUUCCAUUAGAGAAUGCCUACUCUGUGAAGUGCGCAUGUGUAAUAACUCAAUCCACCUUUGGACUCCUUCUAAACAACGCAUAUUUUAGAAACUUUGGCAAAUGGUAAAGUCUACAAAACUUAGUCCACUCUGUUCGUAACAAAUUAUAGUUUUGGGAACAGAAACUGUAUUGAGAUCAAAUGUUUCUGUGAUGAGAAAAUGUGCAGAAAUGUCGGCCAAAAUCCAUCUUGCUCCAUCUUCUCCCACUGCCGGCCACUGGACUUCCUCUCACUACCAUAUUUGGUAGUGAGUGGAAACGCCAAGUGGAUGCUUCACAUUUAUACAUCCGGUGAAAUAUCUGGCUCAUUGUUCUAUCUGUGGUACUGUAUGAUUAUCUGUCUGUCUGUCUCUCUCUGUCUCUGUCUGUCUGUGUCUGUCUGUGUCUGUCUCUGUCUGUCUGUCUGUCUGUCUCUCUCUGUCUGUCUCUCUCUGUCUGUCACAGGUGGACAGAAGGAGGGAUGGAUGCAUCAGUAUUAAGUAUGAUGUCGAUCCAUGUCUCUCUCUCUCUCGUCUCAGAUGGUGAAGACUACUGGUGGGCCAGAGUUGGGGGCGACUGUGGUCAGUCCAGCCCUGACCAGUGGUGCUGUGUCUCUACUGCAGAAGCACCUGACUGAUGAAGAGAAGGAGUUCUGGACCUCCCUAGGGCCUAACUGGACCUUACACUGGUAAUAGAAUCAUAUAUGUUCUGGACCUCGCUAGGGCCUAACUGGUCCUUACACUGGUAAUAGAAUCAAUCAUAUAUGUUCUGGACCUCCCUAGGGCCUAACUGGACCUUACACUGGUAAUAGAAUCAUAUAUGUUCUGGAUCUCCCUAGGGCCUAACUGGACCUUACACUGGUAAUAGAAUCAUAUAUGUUCUGGACCUCCCUAGGGCCUAACUGGACCUUACACUGGUAAUAGAAUCAUAUAUGUUCUGGACCUCCCUAGGGCCUAACUGGACCUUACACUGGUAAUAGAAUCAUAUAUGUUCUGGACCUCCCUAGGGCCUAACUGGACCUUACACUGGUAAUAGAAUCAUAUAUGUUCUGGACCUCCCUAGGGCCUAACUGGACCUUACACUGGUAAUAGAAUCAUAUAUGUUCUGGACCUCGCUAGAGCCUAACUGGACCUUACACUGGUAAUAGAAUCAUAUAUGUUCUGGACCUCCCUAGGGCCUAACUGGACCUUACACUGGUAAUAGAAUCAUAUAUGUUCUGGACCUCGCUAGAGCCUAACUGGACCUUACACUGGUAAUAUAAUCAUGUUAUAUAAUAUAUGCCAUUUAGCAGACACUUUUAUCAAAAUCGACUUACAGUCAUGCGUGCAUACAUCAUACGUAUGGGUGGUCCUGGGAAUCGAACCCACUAUCAUGGUGUGACAAGCACCAUGCUCUACCAACUGAACUACAGGGGAAACUGGUGUAUGUGUGUGUGUGUGUGUGUGUGUGUGUGUGUGUGUGUGUGUGUGUGUGUGUGUGUGUGUGUGUGUGUGUGUGUGUGUGUGUGUGUGUGUGUGUGUGUGUGUGUGCGUGUGCGUGUGUGUGUGCAUGCGUGUGUCUGUGUGUGUGUAUGCAUGCCAUGCGCGUGUGUGUGUUUGUGUAUGUGUAUGAACUGCAUUUUAGUAUGUCUGUGCUUAUUGCUGUACAGGUGCCGUAUCUUAAUUUGAGCCGGUUUCACACAGUAGAAAAAGAAUCCUGCAGCAACAGGAAAUGUGAAUUGUUAUGUGGAUUAUAAUUAAUGGACAUUCUUUGUAGAGGUUGAUAUAUUUUUCGUAAGGGCAAAUCAAGUCUAAAAUGUUAAAGUUAAAUACAAACUUUAGAAGCCUUUUUAAACUUUGAAUACGCUACAAGUUUGCAUUUCCUGCCGUGCAGGAAAAUUCGUACAACAACAGGAUUAUCAAAUGAAGAUACGGCAUCUGUAUGUUCGUGUGUAUUUCAUUUGCACAUUGUCAUCCAUAGACAAGGCUCAAGGCAGGAAUUGACCUUUUGCCUCUCUCUCUCUCCCAGCUCCCAGCUUGUUGAGUCUGUUCCUCCAUACUCACCUGUCUUUCUGGAUGGAUGGCAGCCUGAGGCCUUUGACCCAGAAGGUCAACUUUGGGAGGACCCAAUCAAGUCACAGCACAAACAGGACGCUCUUCAAGACAGUGUAGGGGUAUACUUACUGGAACGUUGGCCAGUGGAACUGUGUGUCACCCUAAUUCGAUUUUUAAUGGAUUUGAUUUUAAUUGAUUUGAUUAUUCCUUCUUAUUCCUUCCCUAAUUUAGGACCAUCCUGAUCAGGCAGAGGAAGGCCCCAGCUCAGUCCAGCACGCUGACGAAUCGUAUGUUUCUGAGAUCCCCAAUAACUGCUGUGAUACUUUUUGUUUACUGAUUCAUACAGUUCACAACAUGGGCAAACACAGUUUCCCCACUGAUUAUGGCACCUUUCACCUUUUGAGCUUGAAUCCAAGAACUUCCUGUGCACAUAAAACAGUGUGUUUUUUAAAAGUUGUUACCUGUAUAUUAUUAAUAUAUUUAAUAUAUAAUAUAUAUAUAAUUAUUAAUAAUACAUCAUUAAUUUAGUAAAACAGUAAGUCUUUAAAACUAGUUUCCAUUACUACCAUGUUAUUAACUCUUUAUUCCAUGCUGUAAUGAACAGUCCUACUGUUUUUCAAAACACCAUCAAUAUUACAAAGAAACAACAUCUGUGUGUGAGAGAUUACAGGCAACACCAACUGAUCACAGUUAAAUGGGGGUUUCGUUAAUCUCCACCCUUCUCUUCAUGUGCACAUUCCCCAUCAUGGAUUUACCAAUGUUGGAAACUCCCUCCAGCCAAUGCUUAGACCAAUCCAAUGCUUAAAUCCAUUAUGAGGAGUGACUGUCAGCCUUCUCCUCCAAAACGCCUGAGAAGUUGGCGAGGAGAUUGGAUAUGAAGAAUCGAGGAAAUACAAUUGAGAUUGAGCCUAGGACUGUGUGAUACAAAUGAGAUUGACCCUAGGACUGUCUGAUACAACUGAGAUUGACCAUAGCACUGUUUGAUACAAUUGAGAUUGACCCUAGGACUGUGUGAUACAACUGAGAUUGACCCUAGGACUGUCUGAUACAACUGAGAUAGACCCUAGGACUGUCUGAUACAGCUGAGAUUGACCCUAAGACUGUCUGAUACAGCUGAGAUUGACCCUAAGACUGUCUGAUACAACUGAGAUAGACCCUAGGACUGUCUGAUACAGCUGAGAUUGACCCUAAGACUGUCUGAUACAACUGAGAUUGACCCUAAGACUGUCUGAUACAGCUGAGAUUGACCCUAAGACUGUCUGAUACAACUGAGAUAGACCCUAGGACUGUCUGAUACAGCUGAGAUUGACCCUAGGACUGUCUGAUACAACUGAGAUUGACCCUAAGACUGUCUGAUAAAACUGAGAUUGACCCUAGGACUGUCUGAUACAACUGAGAUUGACCCUAGGACUGUCUGAUACAGCUGAGAUUGACCCUAAGACUGUCUGAUAAAACUGAGAUUGACCCUAGGACUGUCUGAUAUAAUUGAGAUUGACCCUAGGACUGUCUGAUACAACUGAGAUUGACCCUAGGACUGUCUGAUAUAAUUGAGAUUGACCCUAGGACUGUCUGAUAUAAUUGAGAUUGACCCUAGGACUGUCUGAUAUAAUUGAGAUUGACCCUAGGACUGUCUGAUAUAAUUGAGAUUGACCCUAGGACUGUCUGUUUGUCCUCCAGAGAUGGCAGUGAGCUUCCACCUGAGGGUGAGAGAAUGUUCAGCUGCAGCUACGACUUUGUUGCCAGGAACAGCAGUGAACUCUCCGUACUGCAGGGAGAAACUCUGGAGGUUUUUAUUCUAGAACAUUUGUAUUACAUGACAACACUACAAUACUGUGUGAACUGCAUGUUAAAUACUGUCUGAGUCCCAAACGGGACCCUACUCCCUAUAUAGUGCACUACCUUUGACCAGAGCCCAUAGGGUCUACUUGUGUCUCUCAACUAUAAUUGACAGAAGUUCACAUGUAUUGAAUUGUCCUGCUUACUUAAAAGAUCUCACAAAUCAAUUCCAUUCAGUGAGCUUUAUUUGCUUGAUUCAGUAUAUCUUACAUUGGCAAGAACACACAGAGGGAACACAUUAUUUAUAACAACAAGUUAAUCAAAAUUCCAUGUCAUAAAUAAACAUCCUAAUUCAAAUCCUCUCUUGUUUAGGUGAUUGAGUCAUCAAAGCGUUGGUGGAAGUGCCGCAAUCGCUUUGACCAGGUUGGGUUUGUUCCCUUCAACAUUCUGGAGCCUCUGUCUGCCCUCAACAACAACCAUAGGGAUAGCCCAGUGGUACUCAGACAGUCUAAGGUAAUGGACACACACACACACACACACACACACACACACACACACGGUUGACACUGUUUCCACAGUAACGGUGCCUCUUUACAAUGAUGUGAUACAACUUUGAUAUGAAGUCCCCACUUGUUGUAGUAAACAAGUAUCAUGAAAUACAUGCACCCACAACAGGGCACACUUGUCAGAUAAAUAUCAGCUAGCUAGCUAGUGGUCUGCUUGGCUAGCUGCUUGGCUAAACACAGAAUGUCAGCACACUGUUUUCUGAUUGGCUAAACGGAUCCGUUUCGUCUUCAGCUAAUAUUUGAUGUGUUGAAUCUUGGAAACUCCAGCAGCCGACAUGAGACGUUCUAAAACUAGGAUGUGUAGAUUUAAGCUGAUUUCGUUCUAAAAUGGCAUUGAUGGGUUCUAAACUUGAAAUAUGAAAUAUCCUUAUUCAUGUUACUGAGGGAGAGAGGAGAAGGCAGAAGGUUUACAUUCUGUCAGAACAUGUUAUUGUUAGAUAUUAGGUGUCCUAUAGAGAGGAGAAGGGCCACAGUCUGGUUUCAGUUGUUGGGUUGUAAUUUGAAAUACUUGAUACACUAGAAGUGAAUGGUUAUAUGUAGGAGGAAUGUAUAUGGUGGGGUCAAUGGAGGUUGGAUAAGAGCCAGGGGCUUGGACAGUUACUAAGUAAGGGAAAAGGGAAUCACAUGGUUGUGGUCACUGAUAAGGGUGGAUAGCUGUGGAUUAGUGAGGAAUGGGGGCCGAGGUCAGGUCAGGUCACAUAAAGGGAGAAGGAAUAGUUUAUUACCCACAUCACAUAACUUCCUGCCUAGCAACAAAGAUGUAAUGUUUAGAGAAAAGGAGGAGACUCCAUCUAAAGUGGGGUAUAUAUACUUGUGCUGGUGGGAACAUGUCUUUGUCUUUCAGCUGGUUGACCCAGUGGGUCAAUAAACUUGGUUUGAGCUUUACCAGUCAUCCGUGAGUUUUUACUCUGUUUAUUUAGAAUCUAACAGCAUAAAACUGUCUUGUCUCGGCUGUUGUAUCUGAACAGGGCAUAAUAGACACAUACUCACCGACUCAUCCGAGUUACCCUGUGUGUUCAUGUCUCUGUUUGAUAGAAGGUGCCCUUCGCCCCUCCCAAGCACUUCUCCUACACCCCUUUCAGCCCAGAAGGGGCAAACCCCCCCGCCAUGCCCCGCCGUCCUCAAAGCAUGUUCCCCUCCACCAUGACAGGGGGCGACAGAGACAAAGGUAAGCCUGUCGUUUGGGUGGUCUGUAGUGGUUAGCGUCACCACCCACCUCCAGGUCACAUGCAUAUUUACUGCUGUCGGCAUAGGUACACAUUCCUCCCUCUGCCCUUUGACACACUCUCCUCCCAGAGCCAUGUAUUUAGAGAGUUAAGACAUUGAGGUUUCUGCAUUAUGAUGCAUUUACAUGACACUAGAACAUUCUAUGACAGCCAUUUUAGCUCCCCAUUAACAUUACAUGAGGAAUAUUUACUGAAUGUCUUGAAUCAGAACAAUAUUGAAAAUUCAAAAAGUUGCCCAGACACUCUAAAUACAUAGCUCUGGUCUCCUCCGCUGUCCGUUUCAUCUCUCUCUCACUCUGUUGAAUAAAAAGUAAAUAGAUUAUGACAGGGUUUCCCAGCUGACGGCCCAAUUUGUCACUCCAAGUUUUCUUCAAUUUUUUUACAUUAUUUAAUGUUUUAUUGUUUGACAUAAAAUACAAUCUAGUUGAUGCUCCCUGGUUUAGGACCACUCUUAAUCUAGUUAAUGCUCCCUGGUUUAGGACCAUUCUGAACCUAGUUAAUUCUCCCUGGUUUAGGACCACUCUGAAUCUAGUUAAUGCUCCCUGGUUUAGGACCAUUCUGAACCUAGUUAAUGCUCCCUGGUUUAGGACCACUCUGAAUCUAGUUAAUGCUCCCUGGUUUAGGACCAUUCUGAACCUAGUUAAUGCUCCCUGGUUUAGGACCACUCUGAAUCUAGUUGAUGCUCCCUGGUUUAGGAUCACUCUGAAUCUAGUUGAGGCUCCCUGGUUUAGGACCACUCUGAAUCUAGUUGAGGCUCCCUGGUUUAGGACCACUCUGAAUCUAGUUAAUGCUCCCUGGUUUAGGACCAUUCUGAACCUAGUUAAUGCUCCCUGGUUUAGGACAACUCUGAAUCUAGUUGAUGUUCCCUGGUUUAGGACCACUCUGAAUCUAGUUGAUGCUCCCUGGUUUAGGACCACUCUGAACCUAGUUUAUGCUCCCUGGUUUAGGACCACUCUGAAUCUAGUUAAUGCUCCACCGAGGACCACAAUGGAAAUAAGCCUUUAGGCUUUUAAAAAACAAAAUCAAUCAAUCAAUCCAUUUAUUUCAGAGUUCCGAAUCGCCACAAGGCUGCGUGCUAGAGCAGUAUGGAUGCUGUCUUGACUAAAGCAGUAUGGAUGCUGUCUUGACUAGAGCAGUGUGGAUACUGUCUUGACUGACUUGUCCACACAUCACCAUCAACCAACACACUGGAGAUAUGUUAUGGUUCUUUAAUGAAUAACUGUAGGUAGUGGUUCUACAAGGGUAGAAAAUAGAGAACAUAUUAUAGAACACAAUACUAUGUAAAAUGAGUAUGGCUAUACACAGAUAGACCUGAAAUAUCCAUACAAUAUAAUCCAACUAAGAUAUAUUACUAUACAGUAUGCAAUACUAAGAUGACUUUGACUUAACUGAAUGAUGAACAGUAAGCUAUAUAGAAUAACAUAAAUAACAGCAGAAUAAAGAUGUAGUCUAUACACUGUUACAAUAAUACAGAAUAAAGUUGUAGUCUAUUCACUAUUACAAUAAAACAGAAUAAAGCUGUAGUCUAUACACUAUUACAAUAACACAGAAUAACGUUGUAGUCUAUUCACUGUUACAAUAAUACAGAAUAAAGCUGUAGUCUAUUCACUGUUACAAUAACACAGAAUAAAGCUGUAGUGUAUACACUGCUACAAUAAAACAACUCUAGCGUGCUCACAUAGACUGUAAACUAUAAUGUGGCCCGCAAGUACAGGUGACCACCGCACAGAGAGAAACUUCCUCAACAAACCCCUCAAUUGUGGACAGAGUGAGAGCCCUCACUAACCCAACUCAACAUGCUAUACAUGACUAAUAAGCUACAGAGUAGAGCCCUCACUAACCCAACUCAACAUGCUAUACAUGACUAAUAAGCUUUAGAGUAGAGCACUCACUAACCCAUCUCAACAUGCUAUACAUGACUAAUAAGCUUUAGAGUAGAGCCCUCACUAACCCAACUCAACAUGCUAUACAUGACUAAUAAGCUACAGAGUAGAGCCCUCACUAACCCAACUCAACAUGCUAUACAUGACUAAUAAGCUUUAGAGUAGAGCCCUCACUAACCCAACUCAACAUGCUAUACAUGACUAAUAAGCUUUAGAGUAGAGCACUCACUAACCCAUCUCAACAUGCUAUACAUGACUAAUAAGCUUUAGAGUAGAGCACUCACUAACCCAUCUCAACAUGCUAUACAUGACUAAUAAGCUUUAGAGUAGAGCCCUCACUAACCCAACUCAACAUGCUAUACAUGACUAAUAAGCUACAGAGUAGAGCCCUCACUAACCCAACUCAACAUGCUAUACAUGACUAAUAAGCUUUAGAGUAAAGCACUCACUAACCCAUCUCAACAUGCUAUACAUGACUAAUAAGCUUUAGAGUAGAGCCCUCACUAACCCAACUCAACAUGCUAUACGUGACUAAUAAGCUUUAGAGUAGAGGCCUCACUAACCCAACUCAACAUGCUAUACAUGACUAAUAAGCUACUGCAGUAGUGAGGAGGCUGUACAGUAUAAUACUAACUCUGUAUAGAAUGUAACUGCUAUAACAAAGAUAUGACUGUCUUAUAGGCAUAAUGUAAAUCAAAUCAAAUCAAAUUGUAUUUGUCACAUACACAUGUUUAGCAGAUGUUAUAGCGGGUGUAGCGAAAUGCUUGUGCUUCUAGCUCCGACAGUGCAGUAAUAUCUAACAAAUAAUAUCUAACAAUUUCACAACAUAUACAGUGAGGGAAAAAAGUAUUUGAUCCCCUGCUGAUUUUGUACGUUUGCCCACUGACAAAGAAAUGAUCAGUCUAUAAUUUUAAUGGUAGGUUUAUUUGAACAGUGAGAGACAGAAUAACAACAAAAAUAUCCAGAAAAACGCAUGUCAAAAAUUUUAUAAAUUGAUUUGCAUUUUAAUGAGGGAAAUAAGUAUUUGACCCCCUCUCAAUCAGAAAAGUUUCUGGCUCCCAGGUGUCUUUUAUACAGGUAACGAGCUGAGAUUAGGAGCACACUCUUAAAGGGAGUGCUCCUAAUCUCAGUUUGUUACCUGUAUAAAAGAUACCUGUCCACAGAAGCAAUCAAUCAAUCAGAUUCCAAACUCUCCACCAUGGUCAAGACCAAAGAGCUCUCCAAGGAUGUCACGGACAAGAUUGUAGACCUACACAAGCCUGGAAUGGGCUACAAGACCAUCGCCAAGCAGCUUGGUGAGAAGGUGACAACAGUUGGAAGAAACACAAAAGAACAGUCAAUCUCCCUCGGCCUGGGGCUCCAUGCAAGAUCUCACCUCGUAGAGUUGCAAUGAUCAUGAGAACGGUGAGGAAUCAGCCCAGAACUACACUGGAGGAUCUUGUCAACGAUCUCAAGGCAGCUGGGACCAUAGUCACCAAGAAAACAAUUGGUAACUCACUAGGCCGUGAAGGACUGAAAUCCUGCAGCGCCCACAAGGUCCCCCUGCUCAAGAAAGCACAUAUACAGGGCCGUCUGAAGUUUACCAAUGAACAUCUGAAUGAUUCAGAGGAGAACUGGGUGAAAGUGUUGUGGUCAGAUGAGACCAAAAUCGAGCUCUUUGGCAUCAACUCAACUCGCCGUGUUUGGAGGAGGAGGAAUGCUGCCUAUGACCCCAAGAACACCAUCCCCACCGUCAAACAUGUAGGUGGAAACAUUAUGCUUUGGGGGUGUUUUUCUGCUAAGGGGACAGGACAACUUCACCGCAAAGGGAUGAUGGACGGGGCCAUGUACCGUCAAAUCUUGGGUGAGAACCUCCUUCCCUCAGCCAGGGCAUUGAAAAUGGGUCGUGGAUGGGUAUUCCAGCAUGACAAUGACCCAAAACACACGGCCAAGGCAAUGAAGGAGUGGCUCAAGAAGAAGCACAUUAAGGUCCUGGAGUGGCCUAGCCAGUCUCCAGACCUUAAUCCCAUAGAAAAUCUGUGGAGGGAGCUGAAGGUUCGAGUUGCCGAACGUCAGCCUCGAAACCUUAAUGACUUGGAGAAGAUCUGCAAAGAGGAGUGGGACAAAAUCCCUCCUGAGAUGUGUGCAAACCUGGUGGCCAACUACAAGAAACAUCUGACCUCUGUGAUUGCCAACAAGGGUUUUGCCACCAAGUACUAAGUCAUGUUUUGCAGAGGGGUCAAAUACUUAUUUCCCUCAUUAAAAUGCCAUUACAAUUAUAGACUGAUCAUGUCUUUGUAGGUGGGCAAACGUACAAAAUCAGCAGGGGAUCAAAUACUUUUUUCCCUCACUGUACCUAAUACACACAAAACUAGUAAGGAAUGGAAUUUAAGAAAAUAUACAUGGACAAGCAAUGACAGAGCGGCAUGGACUAAGAUACAGUAGAAUAUUAUAGAAUAGAAUGCAGUAUAUACAUAUGAGAUGAGUAGUGCAAGAUAUGUAAACAUGAUUAAAGUGACUGUAAACAUUAUUAAAGUAACUAGUGUUCCAUUUCUUAAAGUGGCCAGUGAUUUCAGUAGGCAGCAGCCUCUAAUGUGCUAGUGAUGGCUAUUUAACAGUCUGAUGGCCUUGAGAUAGAAGCUGUUUUUCAUAAUGUAACUGCUAUAACAAAGAUAUGACUGUCUUCUAGACAUAAUGUAACUGCUAUAACAAACUGUCUGUUCUCUGUCUUCUAGACAUAAUGUAACUGCUAUAACAAACUGUCUGUUCUCUGUCUUCUAGACAUAAUGUAACUGAUAUAACAAACUGUCUGUUCUCUGUCUUCUAGACAUAAUGUAACUGAUAUAACAAACUGUUCUCUGUCUCCACCACAACUCAGUAUUGAUGUGCAGUUCACUAACAAUUAGUUAUUUUAACAAUAGAAUGUUAUUUAUAUGGGGGAUACAAUCUUCCCAGCUCUGCAGAUUUUGCUGUGAAGAGACAGAAUCAUUAGAUCAUUUGUUUUGGUUCUGUCCAUUUCUAGCUUGUUUUUGGACAAAAGUCCAGGAAUGGCUAAAGGAUUGCAAAAUUUACCUGGAGCUAACCUUGCAGAUAGCAUUACUGGGUGAUCUGAAAAGUCAUAGUCAAUCGAUCAAUAAUAUAAUAAUACUUUUAGCAAAAUUAUUUAUUUUUAAUUCACAAUCUGUAGAAGCAAUGAGAAUAGAAAGAUUCAGAACUUUUGUAAAACAUCACAGUACAGUUGAAAUAUAUAUGGCAAAUAGAAAUCCUAUAUGGAUGGUGUUAAGAGAUAGAUGGGAGGUGUUGAAUGGAGUUGAAGGAUGGGACUAAUAACAAAUAACAACAAAUAUUAACAAGAUAACUAAUAAUGUAAGCAUACUGUGUCCAUAAUAAGUAUAUAGGUUGUAUGUUGGGAGCUUUUGGGAAAGAGCACAGUUAGAAAGAUAUGGCAUAUAGAAGCAAACCGGAUGGACAUCAUGAAAAUGAUCGGAGAGGUUGAGAGUAGAAGAAGUUCAGGAGCAAAACAAAUAAAAUAGAAUUAUUGUAAAAUUGACUGUGUCCAUAAAAUGUAGAUAGUAAGUAUAAGCUGGAAGUAGAGGCCUAAGCAUUGUUGUUCACUAAUUUACCCCAAGUAGGGAAAGGAUGGCGGGGUUGAAAAGUAAUAAAGGGGAGUAUAUAUAUAAAAAACAUGGGGGAUUGGAAGUGAUGCAGAAAAUUACAUUGAUGGAAGUUGCAAUCUAUCUGCAAUAUUAAGCUGAUCUACCACCCCCCCAGCUUUGUAGAACCAAAACAUAUACAGCCUCUGCUCAACAAACCAAAACUUUUGGGGGGCUGCAGUUUAUGAACCACAUUGUGCUUAUCACCCUCAAGACAGUCAAGCAAUGCAUUCCGCCAAGAGUAGUUCACAAUCUAGUCCAAGAGUUGUUCACAAUCUAGUCUGGUUGCAGCCACAACUAGACCUUGUUUCAAAUGGAUCAAUAAUGUUUUUAUUUGUAUGCCUGGCAGUCAAUAAAUGUAGAUGGUUUAAACCUUUGACAUGUCUCAGUCACACAGCUCCAAUGAGCCCCUUAUGGUGAAUGACAUGUGAACGAGAGAGGCUUGUAGAAUCAUUACUCUUUUGAGUUUUCAGUUCAUCGUUCGCUGGUAGGGGGUUCCUGCAUGCUUUGGGCAUUACUGACUCAAAUGAACGAAAUUAGUCGAAAGAUUUGUUCUUUUGACUGAAUGAGUCUAAAAGAUCAGAGUCAGUAAAAAGAGCCAAACUUUCCAUCACUACAACUCGCUGGCUGGAGGCGGGACUUACAACUAGCAGGUGGAAGAGAAUAUCUCUGAUUGGGUAGAAACGUAGGGGUGAUUGAAUGAUGAGCUGUCAGACAUUCUAGCUAAAGGGACAAACUAGGGUUGGAUAGGGAAAUACUAAAUCUGAAUGUGUGGCCGUUUUAACAAUCAUACCAGGAUAGUCCACAAUGGCACCCUAUUCCCUAUAUAGUGUACUACUCAUUUUAUUACCAUUCAAUACCAAAAAUAGUGCACUAUAAAGGGAAUAGGGUGCCAUUUGUGAUCCACACUAGCACUCCUCUUAUCAGGCACUCUCUGUGUUUUCUGUUCAUAGCACUGCAGACUGUCUGGGUACUUCUAAAGGUUUAGUGGUUGUGUUAUACCUGCAUGUACUGUAUCCUGAUAAUAUAUACCCACUCUAGAUCCCUCUGGAUAAAAGGGCUUCAAUGACUACAAUGUAAAGGCAAUGUAAUGCCUAACCCUAAAGCUGUGUAAUCCAAGUCAAUGUAGUCAAUGUGAUGCCUAAACCUAAAGCUGUGUAGUCAAUGUGUGUGUGUGUGUGUGUGUGUGUGUGUGACCCCUGUGUGACCCCAGGCUUCAUGGUGAAUGAUGAGCUCCUCCAGCAGCUGGCCAACAGCAGGGCGGGGUCCAUCCGUCCCCUGGUGAUCCCCCGCACCACAGACACCUCGGCCCCCCUGGACUACCAGUCCCCUCCUGCUGAGGUAGAGGGCUGGCUGAGAGGGAAGGGCUUCACUGAGCCGUGAGUGGUGUAGUGGAGCUAGUUCAGUCAACUACAGUAUACUUCAUAUACACUAUACUUAUGUCUAUCCUUUCUAGCAUGGCCAUUAUGAAGACCACCUUGCCUUACUCUGCCCUAUCUCUCUCUCUCUAUUCAGGACAGUAACACUUCUGACCACCUUACUCUGCCCUAUCUCUCUCUCUCUAUUCAGGACAGUAACACUUCUGACCACCUUACUCUGCCCUAUCUCUCUCUCUAUUCAGGACAGUAACACUUCUGACCACCUUACUCUGCCCUAUCUCUCUCUCUCUAUUCAGGACAGUAACACUUCUGACCACCUUACUCGGCCCUAUCUCUCUCUCUCUAUUCAGGACAGUAACACUUCUGACCACCUUACUCUGCCCUAUCUCUCUCUCUCUAUUCAGGACAGUAACACUUCUGACCACCUUACUCUGCCCUAUCUCUCUCUCUCUAUUCAGGACAGUAACACUUCUGACCACCUUACUCUGCCCUAUCUCUCUCUCUAUUCAGGACAGUAACACUUCUGACCACCUUACUCUGCCCUAUCUCUCUCUCUCUAUUCAGGACAGUAACACUUCUGACCACCUUACUCUGCCCUAUCUCUCUCUCUCUAUUCAGGACAGUAACACUUCUGACCACCUUACUCUGCCCUAUCUCUCUUUCUCUAUUCAGGACAGUAACACUUCUGACCACCUUACUCUGCCCUAUCUCUCUCUCUCUAUUCAGGACAGUAACACUUCUGACCACCUUACUCUGCCCUAUCUCUCUCUCUAUUCAGGACAGUAACACUUCUGACCACCUUACUCUGCCCUAUCUCUCUCUCUCUAUUCAGGACAGUAACACUUCUGACCACCUUACUCUGCCCUAUCUCUCUCUCUCUAUUCAGGAAAGUAACACUUCUGACCACCUUACUCUGCCCUAUCUCUCUCUCUCUAUUCAGGACAGUAACACUUCUGACCACCUUACUCUGCCCUAUCUCUCUCUCUCUAUUCAGGACAGUAACACUUCUGACCACCUUACUCUGCCCUAUCUCCCUCUCUCUAUUCAGGACAGUAACACUUCUGACCACCUUACUCUGCCCUAUCUCUCUCUCUCUAUUCAGGACAGUAACACUUCUGACCACCUUACUCUGCCCUAUCUCUCUCUCUCUAUUCAGGACAGUAACACUUCUGACCACCUUACUCUGCCCUAUCUCUCUCUCUCUAUUCAGGACAGUAACACUUCUGACCACCUUACUCUGCCCUAUCUCCCUCUCUCUAUUCAGGACAGUAACACUUCUGACCACCUUACUCUGCCCUAUCUCUCUCUCUCUAUUCAGGACAGUAACACUUCUGACCACCUUACUCUGCCCUAUCUCUCUCUCUCUAUUCAGGACAGUAACACUUCUGACCACCUUACUCUGCCCUAUCUCUCUCUCCAUUCAGGACAGUUACACUGCUGGGGAGACUCACUGGUGCUGAGCUCUUUGCCCUGAGUAAAGAGGACCUGCGUAUGUUUUCACCAGAGGAGGGUGCCAGAGUGUACAGCCAGAUGAUGGUGCAGAAGGCUUUACUGGAGGUACAAGCAACCCCAUUGACUGGCCACCCUAUUGAUUGGCAACCCCAUUAACUAGCAACCACAUUGACUGACAACCCCAUUGACUGGCAACCCCAUUGACUUGAAGCCCCAUUGACUGGUAACCCCAUACACUGGCAACCCCAUUGACUGGUAACCCCAUUGACUGGUAACCCCAUUGACUGGCAACCCCAUUCACUGGCAACCCUAUUGACUGGCAACCCCAUUCUCACCUGAUUUACGCACCAUUCUCACCCCAUUCUCACCCCAUUCUUUCCCCGAUUCAACCCUAUUCUCAUCACAUCUCCUGACUUAUAGUGUUGUAUCAAAACACAUCACUUCCUCAGUACUCUUAUUUCUCCUCUCCCUCUGUCUUCCUUCUCUUCUGGUUGACACAACUCUCACAUUAUAGAUAGAUCCUUGGUUCCCAUCCUCUUCCCUCUCUCCUUCUCUCCCUCUCUCUCCUCUUCUCUCUCUCCUUCUCUCCCUCUCUCCUCUUCCCUCUCUCCUUCUCUCCCUCUCUCUCCUCUUCCCUCUCUCCUUCUCUCCCUCUCUCUCCUCUUCCCUAUUCUGUGUGACUACAGGGAGUCUCUGGGAGUUUCUGGGUGCAGAUGCAGCAAUACUUCUAAUGAUGGACUUGUGUUAGAUGUGUGCACACAUUACAUUUACAUUUUCGUCAUUUAGCAGACGCUCUUAUCCAGAGCAACUUACAAAUUGGUGCAUUUACCUUAUGAUAGCCAGUGGGACAACCACUUUACAAUAUAUAUAUAUAUAUUAUUAUUUUGUUGGGGGGGGGGGGGGGGGGGGGGGGGGGGGGUGGGGGGAGGGUAGAAGGAUUACUUUUAUCCUAUCCCAGGUAUUCCUUAAAGAGGUGGGGUUUCAAGUGUCUCCGGAAGGUGGUGAGUGACACAUGAAUCUCAUACAAUAUAUUGUUGGAUGGACAAGGUUGUUUAAAACGUUAGUUAUGUUAAAAUGACUUUCUGUUUUAUUGAAUGAAGGGAGUGAAGGGAGUAAUGUUCCAGUUCUGAAUCUAACCAAUAUAUUGUAGGGACCUUAACCCAACACCUAGAAAACUUGGUCAAGAGGUUCGGAACUCUUGGUGUAAUGGGGCGCAAGGAAGGCGUCUCCAUCAGAGACGCGUGUACACAUGAGGGACUUGGUAAAGAGAAGCGUGGGGACACACUCUCCAGAAGGAAGGGGGUAAUGACCGUUACACCAAGAGGUCCGAAACCUCUUGACGAGGUCGCUAGGUGUUGGCUUGACAGUCGCUGGACUUGGGUUGGAGUCCCAGUCUGGACUACCCCCUGAGUUCACUACAAUAUCACAUCACAUACUGUCUCACUGAAAGUCAGAGUAGUUCACUCACAUUUCAUAAUUUCACCAACCAGUAGUGACUUGUACUUUGCUACAGACAACAUAGGCUAACGUUAGCAAAGUAACUCUACCAGCUCCCUAACGUUAGCAAAGUAACUCUACUAGCUCCCUAACAUUAGCAAAGUAACUCUACUAGCUCCCUAACGUUAGCAAAGUAACUCUACUAGCUCCCUAACAUUAGCAAAGUAACUCUACUAGCUCCCUAACGUUAGCAAAGUAACUCUACUAGCUCCCUAACGUUAGCAAAGUAACUCUACUAGCUCCCUAACGUUAGCAAAGUAACUCUACUAGCUCCCUAACGUUAGCAAAGUAACUCUACUAGCUCCCUAACGUUAGCUAAGUAACUCUACUAGCUCCAUAACAGACUGUAUUUCCUCCUUUCUUUCUCGAUUUCUAUUAGGAUGUCCGCAAAUCCACAGAGCUGGAGGCAAUGAUGGAGAAACAGAAGCAGAAGGUGGACUUCCAGCUGGAGAGCAGGAGGCUGUGAACAACAACAAGCUAUACACAUGUAUAACACUGAUACACAGAUAUCACUAGUUGAUGGACGCCAACACAAUAACUUCACUGUCACUGAUUAAGAGGACACACAAACUCACUAACAUUGUCUGUAUGGAUACUCUGAUACAGAGAUUUACCUUUUAAAGGGAUAGUUCACCCAAACU